AACAAUUCAUAGAGUUAUUGCAAGUGACAUACACAGUGAUUACCGAGUGGAAAUUGAACGCGUCAGGAGGCAGUGGUUUCUGUAGCAGUGCAGCUAACUUCAGCGUCAGCCAUGCCUGGGAAAUGUAAAUUUCAAGACUCCUGGCUCUCUAGGGAAAUGUACAAGGACUGGCUGGUUAAGGAAGUCCAGGACAUUCACUUCGCCCGGUGUAGGGCGUGUUGUAAAUCAAUCAAACUUCAGACCAUGGGCGAGGCUGCUCUCACCAGCCAUGCAGCGGGAGCUGGCCACAAAGCAGCAGUCCGCAAGCUAGUGGAAGGAGGCAAUGUGAUGCUGAUCAAUGCUGCUGGGCAGAUAAAUGGCAGCGUGAAUCAGACUGAAGACAGCAAGGAGCAAGUGGCCAUCUGCGUCCAGCGGGACGCCUUGGACAGAAUACCAGGCAGCGACUGGGCCGAUCAGCACCACAGCCCCACUACAAACUCCACCUCCCACAAGGCUGAGCUGCAGGAUGCCACAUUUCCAGCUGCCUACUUCACAGCACCAGGCACCUCCCGGCUCAUCAGCCAGCGUCUCCUCCCGAAAGGCGGCAAGGGGGGGGAAGAGACCCGCCGCUCGACUCAGCAGGACCCCGCAGAUAUGUCCCGACAGGAGCACCAGCAGAGGGCCGAGGCUCUGGAGCAGCAGCAGCAGAUGAAGAUCCUGGAGUGGCAGAACAGGAUGAAGGUGCUGGCGUGGGAGCAGGAGCUGGUGAGGGAGAGGAGGAGAGCAGCGCGGCAGGAGGAGAAGGCCUUCAGGAUGAAGAAGGCGUACUACAAAGCCAAGCUAAAGAGGAUGGGAGAGGACGUUCCGCCAUCUUCCUCCAGCAGCAGCGACGAAGAGGAGAAAACUUCUAAUCAGACAGGAUGAACGGAUUCUAUUUCUUAUCAGCGCUUGUUUCAUUAUUGAAUGCUUUUGUGUAUAUGCCAUGAAACUGUUGCUACUUUUAUACAUGUAUUAUAAGAGGACUUUUAGUUGCUUUAAAUCAGCAGUUCUUACUGUACACAAAUACUUCUUUUGAUUUUUCUGAGAUAAACUGAACUAGUUGAGUACACUUCGUUUAAUCUCAAAGUGAAAAUCAGGUUCUAGUAGACCAAUGGAAAACAUGUAAAUGGUAUCAUAUUUUGCACAUCUUUUUGAAAGGCUUCUUACAUUGGUAAAUAUUUAAAAGAUACCAUGAUCCUGUUUUGUUUUAUAAUCAUUCAUCACCAUGUGUCUUAAGUAUUUAACAUUUUGAGAUGUCCAUUGAUGUUAAAGGUUGAGGGUGAUUGUAAAGAGCAUUAAAAAAUGUAUUAAGAUGAAAUCUAAUCACGGCAGAUGUACACAUUUAAUGUUAUUCCUAAAUGGACAACACUUCUUCAUGAUUUUACAUGCAUGGUGUCUUUUGCAUGUUCAAAUAAGUAACUUUUUGUUGGCCAUGUAAAUAAAUAAUAUAAUUUGAGUUUUGACAGGGGAAGGCUAGCUGUUCGUGUUAUGCUAAGAUAAGCUAAUUGCCUCUUGGCUUUAAUGCAGAAAAAUAUGUAUUUGAUCAAACUCACAAAACAAAUAUACAUAUUUAAUAUAAAUACAAAAUAUCCCUUUAAAUUGUCACCCGUCUGUGUAUGUCAAAGGUAUAAGCAUGUUUCAGAUACCUGCCAAUGAGUCAUACUAUUACAAAUCUGACCUUUAAGUGGUCCUAUAACCCUGAGUACAGGUUAUAUUCUGUCUCAGCUGGGGGCUUCUGUUUUCACCAGGCAUCAUGGUGGCAGCUGAACAUCUCUGACUCCUCUGGAUGUGACAGGACGCUCUGAGAGUCGAAACAGGACAGAGCGCCUUGUGGAAAACCGUCUCAUGAAUAAGGAAACCACACACACUCACCCAGAAUAAAUAUGAACAGCCGUGUAGGAAUAAGUCAUUUUUUUUAAUAUCCAACAUUUCUCUUGUUUCCGCGGUAACAGGGGAACAGCUGUUUCCAUGCCGCCGUCCCCUUGCCGACGGCGGGAUAGAAGGCAUCCCAUAAUGAACACACGAGAAAACAAAGACAAUCUCCCAUCCCUCCUCCUCCCCUCACCAACAAUCUCUCACUGUGUCCGUCAUUUGUCCACUUUUGCUUAAGCAGAGCACAUCUCAACGUUUCAGGAACGCCUUAGUUUCCUCUCACUCUCAGAACCAGAUUAACCUGAAGCUGGAGUUUUCUGUUAAUUGACUGCUGUGUAUAAAAGCAUUAAUAUGACUGGUUAAUGAUUUGAUUUUGUGCAUAUAAAUCUUCAGUCUUGGAUCUAGAACAGGAAGGUUAGUUUGAACCAUAUCUGCACUAUAUACACCCAGAGUUCGCCUGUUAGUUUGGAUAUGUUGAAAUUGUGUCUAGGGAGGAUAAAUGCACCAAUAUAGGGUUGAAAUUCAAACUUCUUUGCUCAAAUAUAAACCAAAUCCAGUGUCCUGCAUGAAAGAGACACUUUUCCUGCUCUUUUCUUAUCAUUUGUCUUUGAAUUUGUUGCAUUGAGACUGAGAAACCGAAAAAAGGGAGCAUUUGGAUGGAAAAAAAUCACAUACUUAAAAAAAACAAAAAAACAAUCCCAUACAAAAUGGCAACAUAAAUAAUCAAUACAGUGUCAAUAAAUUAUUGAUAAAUAAAAUAAAUCUCAUGUCUGUACAAGUUAAAGGUAUUGUCAGUUGAAGAUAAUGAAUGGAUCUGUGAAGAAAAAUAAAUAAAUGAAUGGAACAGAUGAAUGAAACGAGUGAGUAGGAAUCCAAGUCUCCACCUUAAACAGAAUAGUGGGUGGUGUUCGUGUUCUGGAGCAUUUUUUGGCAAUACUACUUUACAAAUAUGCUGGCUUGUCAUCUUCCAGGGACAUGGGAAGACAGAGCAGGGAGAUAUUCAUUUGUGAGGUGUGUGUGUUUUUCCAGAAUUUUCUUUUCAAUAAUUGUUUCUCUGCGAUGAGUAACGUCCACGCCCUCGUCCCUGCAGCUACAUUUUGCAGUUUCUGACCCAAUUUGUUCCAUCCUCGGGUUUUGUACCUCAUGAUUUAUUAUUGCGCUCUACCUACUAGGGUUGCUUAAAUGUCACAGUGCUCUCUGCUCGAGGACAACACAUUUUGGCAACACAAAAACCUCAUCUUUUUGAGACACUGCAUUUUCCAUUGACAACAGAAAACACAGAGUUAUGUCAGCUUCACUCCCUUCAUCCUUCUGAAGACUGCCUGUCUGUCUCCAUUGCUUCUAAAUGCCUGUGUGUUGUUACCUGAAGGCCUGAACUCAGCUGAGAGAGAGGAGCAGCUGCUGAUGGAAAGAGCUGGCACUCAAACCCACUUAGAGGCUUUUAGCGCUGACACACCUGACAUCUCCUCUCCUCAGCAGACCGCUACGGUGCUGCAGAAGCGAAGCCAAAUCUUGCAAGAGACCUCAUCUCUUCCUAAACAAUGAGAGGAAAUGUGUAUGAAUGUGUUCUGGUUUGAACCUCUCCAUCAAUGACAGCUUGUUAGCAAAGUAAGGAAGUGCCUCGAAUAUAAAUAAUUCAUUUCCUAGCAACUGUCUUCAGCCAAGGAACAAAACCUGGCAGGGGAUCUAUGUGUUACAGACACGAGCUGAUGCAAGCUGGAUAUGUAAUGCAGGUCUAAUUUGUGAAUUCCAAAUAAAAUAUGGUAGCACACUAAGAUUAAUGACAGCAAAUCAAAAUCCUGCAAACAGUCGGUAAUGUUUUGGCGCAGAUCUAGAGGCCUUUUUAAAACAGUUUUUUUUCAAUUUGGACUUGUUUUCAUGGCACAGUCAUUGAAAAAACAACAAAAAUACCCGAAAAACAAAAAUGAGAAUUACGCAUAGAGCUUUCACACCCUGCACAGGUCAUUUUCAUCCCAGGAAAUUGAAGAACGAGGAUGUGAAGUUCUGAUUUUGAGUGUGUCCCUUUGGCUUGGAUUUCUGCAGAACAGAAGAAGCUUUCAAAAGUGAGUCUCCUGGAUGCUGCCAGAGACAUUUCACUGCUCCUGUGGCUUCUCUUGAGGCAGGUUUGAGUCGUGAUGCAUCAGAGAGGGAAAUACCUUGAGGGUCUUUAAAUGGUUGUUGCAUGACACACAGAAGCAGACAAAUGUCUUCCUUCACCCGUCAGCACCAGACACAGAUGAGCACAGAUGGGCGACAAGGGCACAUUCAUGAACAAUGGAUCACAAAACAGCGCAGUCUCCUGAAUGAGACGAUACUUUGACAUUCGUGACUGAGCUUUACUAAAUGAUCCCCCAACUCUGAACCUUCCUGUGGUGCUUUAGCUAAACGUUGGCCAUCUUUCUCUUCACAAUCAUCUUCCAUCAAAUCUCUUCUCCUAUAUAAUCCUUCCUCUAUAUACAAUCAGUUCUUGUUGCUUUGAUAUUUUCCCUUCAACCUCAUGUGGCGGUUUUUUGAUAAUCUCAUGGUAUAAUAUUGCCGGACCCCUGCUGUUGCUUUACAGAGUUGAUAAAUGUGAGGAAAUGUUUCUGAGGAAAACUGUUUCCAAGGAGAGAUUUUGGGAUUUUUUUUUUCUUUGAAGGGGAAAUGUCUCCCUCAGCAACGUACAAGACUGCAAACGCACCGACCUCACUCACAACCUCACACGGACACAAUCAUAAAAAAAAAAGAAAAAAAAAAGAGAAAACAUCACAAGAGAUUUUCUUCUUCAUCUCCAAUGAAAAAGAUACAAAAUGUAUAAAAAUGUUAUUUACAGUCUUUUCUUUUUUUCUUCUUGCGGACACAUGUUGUCCGGAUCACGCUGAAUUUUUCGUUUGAAAUCUGAGGAUUUUGUGUUUAUCUUGAACAGUUUGUAGGUAGUAGAGGUGGUUGACUCAACGUCCAAAUAAACGUCAUAGCUCGUUGAAGGCGGUGGGACUUGAAAAACUUAAUUUAUACAGUACAAACCGCGCAAGAGCAUCCUCCUUAACCUCAUCGACGCUCUCCCUGUCGUAUUUUCUGACAAACUCAGUGUCUCCUCUGUCCCGAGUGUUUCUAGUCUUAGAUUCCUCAGAGUGCUCCAGUGGUUCCGGACGAUCCGUGACCUCUGAACCUCGUGUUCCAAACACCGCCUCAAUGAAUAAAGGGACAUGUAGGCUGUCAUCAAGACUGUCCUUCACUUCU